AUGUCAGGCUACGACACCAACCCUCUAGGGAUGUGCGGCCACUGCGCGACUCCGGCCAGCUUGAGACCGCUGCGCGCGUGCGAGUUCUGCAGAGCCAUCGCGUACUGCAGCAGGCUGUGCAGCAACCUCGACAGCCGCACGCACGACGUAUUCUGCCGCAUUCCCGAGCCGGCCCAGCAGCGGGCGCCGCGCGACGAGAGCUACCGAGCAGUCAUAUUCCCCGAGCAGGGCGGCGUGCCGUACUUUGUCUGGCUGCCGCGGCGCCGCGGCGGCCUCUACGACCUCACCGCGUACGGCCUAGACGCCGACAACUGCACGACCGAGCUGGUCGCGAACCUUUCCUUCCCCCAUCUAAGUACCACGGACCGCCAGCUCGCUACGCAGCCGCUAUCGCUCGCCUACCCCCGCGACCAAGAGAGCGAGGCGACACGCCGGCGCUACGGGCGGAACCAGUCGAUCCGCUUCGACGGCGUCGGCUGCGUGUGCUUCGACUGGCGCGGCCCCGUGGUCCUGUUCGGCGCGCGCGGCGACGUGUGCCUGCGUGAUCUUCGCUUCGCGCUCGACUACAUCCACGCGCACCAGUACAACCUGGGGCUGAUGGACCCGGCGCGGUUCCACGGCGAGAAACUCGGCCCGCUGACGCUGCUGGUCUCGGCGCAGCAGCGGCGCGAGUACGUGCUGCACAACGCUAGCAGGGAGCUGCUGCGCGACGACGCUGAGUCCGUCUUCUUGUCGCGCGCUAUGUGGGACAGCGUGCAGCGGAUGGCCCGGCCCAUCGACCUCGGCGCUCGCGGCGGCACGGAUCUGGCCUACUACCGCAUCGACCCGCACGACGCGUCGCUCAACGCUCACGGGCUCGUCGUGGCCCUCUCGGAUCUCGUGCGCCGUGACGUGGCCAGCAUCGGCGUCCAGACCGUCAGGGGUUGGCUGCGGCACGGCGCGUACGAGGGCGCCGUGGUCGUCUUUAGGCAUGGCGAGGUUCAGCUGCCGGCCAAUGACGGCGCUGCCGUGGUCUUGAGGCACGAUGCAGUCCCGCUGCCUGCCGAUGAGUUUUUGGCGUGGCAUGACAACGCCGCGUGCGUCCUGCGCGCCAUGGCCCAGGAGGAACCGACCAUGACGCGACAGGCUCUGCGGGCCAACGCGAGAAGGUUUUUUGAUAUUAGACGGUGA